GCUAAGAUGGGCUUCCGGGAAGGAGAAGGUCUGGGAAAAUACGGCCAAGGCAGGAAGGAUAUUGUUGAGGCCUCCAAUCAGAAGGGAAGGAGAGGCUUUGGGCUGACCCUCAAAGGAUUUGAUGGGGAGCUCAAUAUUGAUUGGCAGGAUGAGCCAGAGCCCAGUGCCUACGAGGAGGUGGACUGGUGCCUUGAGUGUACCACAGAAAUCCCGGAUGCCCAGGAGCUGAAGGAGUGGAUGACUGUGGGGAAGAAAAAGAUGGUGAUUGAAGAUGAAACAGAGUUCUGUAGUGAAGAGCUUUUACGUAAUGUCCUGCAGUGCAAGAGUGUAUUUGAUGAGCUGGAUGGAGAAGAAAUGCGUCGAGCCCGAACAAGAUCUAACCCCUAUGAGAUGAUCCGUGGAGUUUUCUUCCUGAACAGGGCUGCAAUGAAGAUGGCAAAUAUGGACCAUGUCUUUGACUACAUGUUUACAAACCCUAAGGACUUCCAUGGGAGGCCUUUGAUAAAGGAACGAGAUGCAGAGCUGCUCUACUUUGCUGAUGUGUGUGCUGGUCCUGGAGGCUUUUCUGAGUAUGUCUUGUGGAGGCGGAAGUGGCAUGCAAAAGGAUUUGGCAUGACCUUGAAAGGUCCAAAUGAUUUUAAACUAGAGGACUUCUAUUCUGCUUCCAGUGAGCUCUUUGAACCUUAUUAUG